AUGAAAUCAAAACUUUUGUACGAUAGUUUGAUGAAGGAUAUUUCCAAGUCUGAACUGCGGCAGCAGAUACCACAGCUGCCAGAACACGCAAGUAAGCACCACCAGGCAAUAUCGUCACCAAUUAAAGACCAAACGGUAAAGUCUGUUAACGGUGGAUUUUCAUCACAUAUGUCAUCCGUGCUUCUAGACCAUCCAUUCGUGCAAAAAAAUGGUAGGAAUGAUUACCUUGUUAUGCAACCUCAAGCCCUCGAUCCGUAUGUUACAGUGAUACCAAAUGAUAUUUAUUAUAAUCACGAGAAAACAUGUGUAAACUGGUUAGAAGAAUGCAACGCACAAGGCAUAAGAGCGAAGCUUCUACAGAAACUGCGGUCUCCUUACAUGUGA